CUGACGCGUUAACACGGCUCGGAACCACUGGAAGUCGAAGCAAUUGGACUCCACGGCAAGUCAGUUGGCCAAGAUCGCGCGAGAGGCUUAGACACACAGACAGUAGUAGUCCAGUGGCUCAGUAACUAGAGAUUGAGAUUCAGAUCGUUCGCACUAACUGAUCGAGUAAAUAUAUAGUGAGCCGAACCCUGGGAAAUGUGCGAAAUCACCACCUGACAUCCAAAAGUUUUUCGUGUGGUAAUAUCGAGGCAACCACAUCAAAUUGAAUUUGAACCAGUGCGCCACAAAAGCCAGAGAGAAUCACGAUCGAAUCAUCAUCGAAUCACUAUCGAAUCAUUAUUGAUUUGAUCGUUUAGCUAGCUAUGUCGGAGGCUGCCACGCCGCCAGGAUCAGUACCAGGAUCAGGAUCAGUAUUCCCGCCUGGCUUCGAUCCCAUCGCCGAGUCGGCCGAGAAAACCCUGUGCUUCCGUGGCUUCUGGGCCUGGGCAGUGCUGAUUCUUCUGAUAGUCCUCGGCAUCGCGAUCUUCAUGUGGCUGCUGCGCAAGUGCAUCCAGGGACCGGCCUACCGAAAGGCCAAUCGAAUCGAUGGCAAGGUGGUGAUCGUCACCGGUUGCAAUACGGGCAUUGGCAAGGAGACGGUCCUCGAGUUGGCCAAGAGAGGUGCCCGCGUCUAUAUGGCCUGUCGGGAUGCCGGUCGCUGCGAGGCUGCCCGCCUGGAGAUCAUGGAUCGCAGUCACAACCAACAGCUCUUCAAUCGCACCCUGGAUCUGGGCUCCCUGCAGUCGGUGAGGAAUUUCGUGGAGCGCUUCAAGGCCGAGGAGUCGCGAUUGGAUCUGCUGAUAAAUAAUGCCGGCAUAAUGGCCUGCCCGCGAACCCUAACGGCCGAUGGCUACGAGCAGCAGUUCGGGGUGAAUCACCUGGGGCAUUUCCUGCUGACCAACUUGCUAUUGGAUCGCCUGAAGCACAGUUCGCCCAGUCGAAUUGUGGUGGUCAGCUCGGCUGCCCAUCUAUUUGGUAGGAUUAACCGGGAGGAUCUGAUGAGCGAGAAGAAGUAUGGCAAGUUCUUCGGCGCCUACAGUCAAUCGAAGUUGGCCAAUAUCAUGUUUACCCGCAAGUUGAGCACGAUCCUGAAGAAUUCGGGCGUGACGGUGAACUGUUGUCACCCGGGCGUGGUGCGCACCGAGCUGAAUCGCCAUUUUUCGGGUCCCGGAUGGAUGAAGAGCGUCCUGCAGACGGGAUCCCUGUACUUCUUCAAGACCCCCAAGGCGGGGGCCCAAACCUCGCUGAGACUGGCGCUGGAUCCCCAGUUGGAGACCUCGACGGGGGGCUACUACUCGGACUGCAUGCGCUGGCCCCUGGUUCCCUGGGCUCGGAAUAUGGAGACCGCCGACUGGUUAUGGCGGGAAAGUGAAAAGCUGGUGGGUCUGCCGCCAUUGGAGCCACCACCUCCACCUGCAACCAACCAAAAUCAAAAUCAAAAUCAAGGUCCAACCCAAAACGGUAAUGGUACUACCACCCAAAAUGGCAACCAAAAUGGUAGUGCCAAUUCCGGGACCCGGGAAAUGCAGUCCGUCGAAACGGUGGUGGUCAAUCGUUCGUAGUCGUAGUUCAAAGGUCCUUGAGAAAAGGGUUCAACAC